ACAUCGAUUGUAGAUCAUUUAUCAUUUUCUAUGGACGCAUGGAUAUACUGCGUAGGCAAGCCACGAGAGAGUGAACCUCGUUCGUUCUCACCGUUCUCUCACACACAGCACACAGCAUGACGAAUAAUAAUGGCCAUUUAAAAUAAAUGCAAUUUUCCAAUGAACCCGGAGCUGGAGUUAUGUAGACACAAGAAAAUUCGCUCUGAGUGUGCGUCCGUUUUAUUUGGUCUCGGUGUUAUGCGUCAGCUUGUACGAGUUUAACCCACUGUUCAUCGUUAGUGCCAAGCGCACGGUGGUGUCUUCCUUUUUUGACAGUUCCCACGUUAGGAAAAAAUUUCCUAAAAUUCAGCUCAGACUUAACAUUCGAUUUCUAUUCUCAAUUCGCAAAGACAAUUUUGUCAGAAUUCAAUCGCGUGCGUGUACAGGUGACGGAUAAACUCUCAGCGCACUUUUGACGUUUCGGAUGCUGUCUAAAGAUCAAACAGACAUGAAAAGUUUUCUCGCAUGUAGAAAUCGUUAAGAAUAAUUGUAAUUGUCAAAAAAUUUUCUCGAUUCAACGAGGAUGGGAUCCGAAGAAGAUUUAUGCUGGUUCCAUGGUAAUUUGUCGCGAGAAGGUGCUGAAAAUCUGCUGAAAUCAGAAGAGUACGAAGAUGGCACUUUCCUUGUCAGAGAAAGCAGCACAUCGUCAGGGGAUUACGUUCUGUCUGUACUUCACGAUGGCGAAGUUAUUCACUAUCAGAUAAGAAAGCAUGGAGAAGAUGCUUUUUUUUCAAUUGAUGACGAAACGACGAUUCAUGGUCUUGAUACUCUCAUAGAAUAUUAUCAGGAAGGUAAUCACAGUCUUGAAAUAAAGUUGACGACUCCAUGCAAAGGUAUUUCUCCUCCACACGAUACAAGAAGACACGGAAGAACAAAUCUGUUGCACAGAGCUACGAUACAAGGGAAUUAUACUAUUGUUUCUGAGCUGUUGAAAUGUGGAUACAGAAGUCUAGAGGCUAAAAAUCAAUUGGGACAAACGGCUGUACAUUUGGCUGCUAAAGAUGGGGCGGAUGAGAUUCUCAAAAAGUUAAUAGAAAACAAAGCCAGUGUGAAUUGUCGAGAUUCCGCUGGCUACACACCCCUGCACUACGCUUGCCAAAGUAAUCUACCCAGCACUGUGAGAAUUCUCAUCAAUGGAGGCGCGAAUGUACAGGCGAGACACACAGAAACAGGUAUGGUACCACUACACGAAGCUGCAAGCGCUGGUCACAAAGAAGUCAUUCAAGUUUUACUGUCGAUGAACGCACCGGUAAAACCGCGUACUCUCGCUGAUGACAUUCCUGCUGACCUUGCAAGAAGAAACGGACACACAGAAUGUCUGAAACUUUUGCGCAAUUACGAAAGUCCAACACCAAAGGAGAAAAGAAGCGACUGGUAUCAUGGCACUUUAGAUCGACAAGAAGCGAUUGCCUUGCUUCACAAACACGGAGAUCGCGAUGGUUCCUUUCUCGUUCGAUUUAGUGAUCGACGUGGGGGAACUUACGUUCUCACCGUUAUGUAUCAUCACCAAGACUUUCAUUUCCAAAUAAAGAAACAAAACGAGUGUCUCUUCAUCGACAACGGUCCUUAUCUAUCCUCGCUCGAACACGUCGUCGAUCAUUAUCGUUGUAUGCCAGACGGAUUACCAGGACCGUUGGUUUACCCAAUACCGCCGGGACCAAGACCUCCGAUACCGGAAAUGCCACCCUCAAUUUUUAAUGGCAAUACAUUGUCAAAAAAGAGAGGUUCGUGCCCCAAAACGAGUUACACCGAAUCACGUCUUCCGGAAACGUCGAGCACGGGAUUUGCAACCUCUUGCCAAAAUAUCACUUUUCAAAUGGAUAUUAGACCUGAAAUCAAUCUAUCGAAUAACGAGCCUAUGGAUAUUAGAAGAAGGUCGUUGGAAACGAAUCUGAACUAUCCAGUAACGCCUCUCAUCCAAGACUUUAUACCCGGCGAAAAUUUGAUUCUCGGAGAGGUACUCGGCGAAGGGGAAUUCGGUGCCGUGUACGAGGGGGUUUACAUCGGUGUGAAUGGCACCUCUGAGUCCGUUGCUAUAAAAACACUCAGAGAGUCCCACAAUAAUGCAACACGUGACGAAUUCCUCCGGGAAGCGCGUCUCAUGACGACCCUAAAACAUCACUGUGUCGUCAAACUCAUUGGUUUCUCCGAAGGCCCACCAUUGCUGAUGGUGCAAGAGUUGGUGCCUCUGGGAUCGAUGCUAGCAUAUUUACUGGAAUUCUCCGACAGGGUGAAUCCGAAUUAUGAACUGAAAAUCUGGGCUUCGCAAAUAGCGAGUGGAAUGAUGUAUCUGGAGGAGAUGAGACUCGUACACCGGGAUCUUGCAGCUAGAAAUAUAUUGCUGGCUUCGAGGCAUCAGGCUAAAAUCAGCGAUUUUGGAUUGUCGAGAACUUUUGGUUCGAGCGAUUAUUACAAAGCGACCCAGGGUGGAAAAUGGCCGAUAAAAUGGUACGCUCCCGAGUCGUACAAUUUCGGGACGUUUUCUCACGCCAGUGACGUUUGGAGUUUCGGUGUAACACUUUGGGAAAUGUUUUCAUUCGGACAGCAGCCUUACGGUGACAGAAGAGGAGUCGAUGUGAUUCAACUCGUGGAGAAAGGCGAACGACUCGAAAAACCAGAAGAAUGUCCGGAUGGCGUGUAUGUCGUGAUGCAAAGUUGCUGGUCGUACGCUCCGCAAGAUCGUCCAACAUUUAAGGAGCUCCUCGAGACAUUUAGCAGCGAUCCAGAAUACAUGAACCUUAAAGAGCUAGUAUCCGAGGUUGAUAUCAGUUGAUAACAAAUUGUGCGAGUUUUGAAUUCACUGAACGAAUCUUUGCUUAUGAAACAAAAUGACACAAGUCGUGAAUCCGCAAUCGGAGUGAACAGCACAACAAUUUGUGUAUACAAAGUACAGAUGAAAAAAAAAUUUACAGUGACGUUGUGAAUUGAACAAAAAAUUAAUGACAUGUUUACUGGAUAAAACUGCAGCAACAUUGUCAUUGAAAAAUCAGACGAUUCAUUAUCUCCUGAAAAUAAAGGAAAAAGCGAUUCAAGUUGAAGGUUUUUAUGAGCAACAAUAUAUUUAUCAUUCGAGAAAAAGUUGUCGGAACAAUAAUCGGCGAUGAGAGACCACAAACGUAAUUGCAUUCCUAGAGAACAGAAUUUUCGAACAGUGCGAAGUGCGGAGAACGCGAGUGUCGAAAACCACAACGUAAGAUCAAUUUUCCUCCUAUGAAUAGAGGAAAUUUCUUUUACAAUUUUUUUUUUACCAAUAUGUUUAACGAUUUGACGAGUAUACGAAGAGAAGCUUUUAUUGAGAUUCGUACAAGUUUAUUCGUGAGAAUCAUUGAGAUUGGGGUACUGUAUCGAAUGUAGUGCCAUUUCUAUAACCUUGGCCAUUUAUCAAUUUUGUAUAUAUUAUUUUCAAGCGUCGUAACGACGGAAGAGAAUGUUGAGAGAAGAAACUGUGGGUUUAUAAUAAAGAGAAGCAUGAAAUUUAA